UUCUUUCCCUCACUUCAUAUCAUCGACCACUUCCCAAACUUCCUCAUCGUUCAGUCUAGGUCACUUCGUCUAUCUUUCUAAUCAAUAGAUUUCACUUCACCUUCACAUCUCUAAGCACUCGUCAACUUUUGUUUGACUAUCACUGUCUUUGUUACUAAACAAAACUUAAAACUUUUUACUCAACAUGUCUUACGGUGGCUAUAGUGGAGGAUCUGGUAGCUAUGGUGGUGGAGGUGGUGGUUACGGGGCCAGCUCUGGUGGGUAUGGUGGUGGUGGCGGAGGUUACGGUGGUGGAGGUGGUGGAGGCGGAGGUGGUGAUCGAAUGUCUGGUCUCGGUAGUGGUCUCGGCCGCCCCAAGUGGGACACUACCACCUUAUCUCGUUUCGAGAAAAACUUCUAUGAAGAAGACCCACGUGUGACAGGUCGCUCAGAUCGCGAGAUCGAUCAGUACCGUAAAGACAAAGAGAUUCAAAUCUUUGGCAAAAACAUCCCUAAACCAGUCUCUAACUUCAGUGAGGCUGGUUUCCCAGACUACAUCAUGGCCGAGAUCCGCAAGGCUGGCUUUACCGAACCUAGUCCUAUUCAAUGCCAAGCCUGGCCGAUGGCCCUCAGUGGUCGUGAUGUGGUGGCUAUCAGUGCUACCGGAUCUGGAAAGACCAUUGCUUUUUCACUUCCCGCGAUGAUUCACAUCAACGCUCAACCCCUCCUUGCUCCUGGAGAUGGUCCGAUUGUCUUGAUUCUCGCUCCUACUCGUGAGCUGGCUGUCCAGAUUCAAGGCGAGUGCACCAAGUUUGGCGCAUCAUCUCGUAUUCGAAACACAUGUGUGUACGGUGGUGUACCAAAGGGUCAACAGAUUCGAGACCUCAGCCGCGGUGCCGAAAUUGUCAUCGCUACUCCCGGUCGUCUGAUCGAUAUGCUUGAGUCGCGGCGGACCAAUCUUCAGCGGGUCACUUACCUUGUCAUGGACGAAGCUGAUCGAAUGUUGGACAUGGGUUUCGAGCCACAAAUCAAAAAGAUUCUCGAACAAAUCAGGCCUGAUCGACAAACCCUCAUGUUUUCCGCCACCUGGCCAAAAGAAAUUCAACGUCUUGCAAAUGAAUACUUGAAAGAUUUUAUUCAAGUCAAUGUCGGUAGUCUAGAGCUUACGGCCAACGUCAACAUCACUCAGAUCGUCGAAGUGUGUAGCGAUUUCGAAAAGAAGGGCAAACUGAUCAAGCAUCUCGAGAAGAUUUCCGCUGAAUCCGCCAAGGUCUUGAUCUUUGUGGGUACCAAGCGUGUGGCCGACGAUUUAACCAAGUAUCUCCGACAGGAUGGAUGGCCUUCUCUUGCUAUUCAUGGUGACAAGCAACAAACUGAGCGUGAUUGGGUGCUCGGAGAGUUCAAGAGCGGCAGGAGCCCUAUCAUGAUUGCCACUGAUGUCGCUUCUCGUGGUUUAGACGUGAAAGAUGUUGCGUAUGUUAUCAACUACGACAUGCCAAAUGGUAUUGAAGACUACAUUCAUAGAAUUGGUCGUACCGGUCGUGCCGGUCGAACAGGAACUGCCUACAGUUACAUCAGUGCCGACCAAGGCAAGCUGGCCCGUGAAUUGGUCAAGAUCCUCCAAGACGCCAAACAAGUCGUACCUCCUGCGUUAGUUGAGUUGUCCUCAUUUGGUGGUGGUGGAGGCGGAGGUCGUCGUGGUGGCGGUGGGUACGGUGGCGGUCGAGGUGGUGGUGGUGGCCGUUACGGUGGUGGUGCGACCGGUGCCAAUUCAUACGGAAUGGGUGGUGGUGGUGGUGGUGGAUCAUCACGCUGGUGAUAUCCUCAUCAUCCACUUUAAAAGAGACACGACCCGACUUUAAGACGAACUCGAGAUCCAUAAUGGAAAAAAACUAAAUCUCAUGUGAUAUAUACAACAUUUUGUUUCUGUGCUACUCUAUCCUUUUUUUAUUAUAUGAUGUCGUUAUGUGAAACACCCCUAUACUAGAUCUCAACUUUAUGAAUUUCCCUUUUGUUCUUUUUGUCUCUUUUUGAGAAUUCUUAUUUCUUUGGUUAUUCAAAGCUUUAUAAACACAAUUUUAAAACAAUUCUUAGUGUCGCGUGAAUUCUGGCCGUUUUCUAAUUUGCUUGGGGUAUAUAAUGAAGCAAUAGAAUUCAAAUGUUGAGAU